UUGUAAUGAGAAAACAAUUCAAAUCCGUCAAAACUGUUUAAAUUGUUAGUUAUCAUGUCGGAUUCCAGAAGAGGCAGUAAGGAUUCCGCCCCAAAUUCUCCAAAGCCUGCACAAUCGCCUAAACAGGAUGAAACUUUCCCCAAAAGUCCAAUAAGGUCUGAACCACAAAGCAUACGCCCCUCAAUAAGUUUAGAUGAAAAACCACAAGAGGAAAUAAAUCCGAUUCAAAGAAAUUCCAUUCCAAAAAGUAAUAAUGAAUCGGCAGCAGUUUCAGGUUCAACAUCACCAAAGGCAGAAGUGCAGAGUUCGUCAAAAAGUCCGACACCUAACAAAACUCCCACAGCUCCUACGUCCAAGCGAACAAGUGUCGAGCGGGUUUCCACUAGGCAGCGUCGUUUGGAAUAUUUUCGCAGUGGAAUCGAUGCGGACUGCGAAGUUCAUGUGCCUCAAAAUGCAGAUCUACAGCAGGGUGGAAAUGUUUGCUAUAAGAAAUUUCCAUGUCAUCGCAUCUUUUUAGCCACAGCCUCCGAGAAACUGGAACAAGACAUUUUAAAGAACAAACAGUGGAAUGGAGUGCUGCAGAUCAAUGGCGUUUCGCCGGAAAGUGUCGAAAUAUUCUUAGAAUAUAUUUACACCUUUGAGAUAUCAUCGUCGCAAGCUGAUCUGCGGAUCAUUGGGGAUAUAUACAUACUGUCCACUGCCUACGAUAUGCCAGAGUUGCUAAUCACUUUCUCCAAACAGCUCAAGAAUGUGGAUUGGCCGUUGGAUGAUAUAAUUCCCGCCUUCAAUUUGGCCUUCCAGCACAAUAUGCUCGAUCUGGAAAGUGCUUGCUUAGCCAAAAUAUUGGAACAAACAGCGCAGUUGAAAGGUCAUCAAAGCAUUAUGAAACUUCAAAUUUAUGCUUUCAAUUAUCUCGUCCAACACUGGAAGGUCACCGAGACGUUAGCAACAGGGGAGUUAAUUCAAUUACUGCAGAAAUAUCAGCGCGAAAAUGAUCUAAACUUUAAAAAUACCAAACAGUUUCCCCACUUUUCUAAGAUUUGCCAGUACUUUCCAGAUGUGCUCCUUGACGCUGAUGGCAUUAUUCAUAUAAAAUAAAAAGAAAUAACACUUUUCGAUUAAAACCAAUAAAAUUCACAAAGAAUUUGUUAAUUAA